AUGAUGCGGAGUCCGGUGUUCUUGCUGCUGCUCUUGCUGGCCGUGUCCAUCAGGGGAUCAGAGGCGGAGUGGUGCGUGUGCAGGUCGGACGCGAACGAGACGGCGCUGCAGGAGACGCUGGACUACGCGUGCGGGCAGGGCGCGGACUGCGCGCCGGUGGGCACGGGAGGGAGCUGCCACAGCCCCGACUCGGUGGCGGCGCACUGCUCCUACGCCGUCAACAGCUACUACCAGCGGAACAGCCAGACCAAGGGCGCCACCUGCGACUUCGGCGGCACCGCCACCCUCUCCUCCGCCGACCCCAGCUCGGGGACCUGCAAAUACCCUGCAACCGCAAGUGCUGCAGGGACUAGCACAGGGAACGGCACGGCGACAGGCACGGGCACCGGCACCAACUCUUCUUCCCCGGGCUCGACGAACCCAGCUACGCCCGGCAUGGGAGGGAGCUUCACCACGCCGAUCGGCAGCGCGUCCGGCCCUACGGCGAGCAUCAUAGGCCCGGAGAGCAGCGGUUUUGCCGCCGCUGCGGCCGCUUUUGCUGGCGUCCGCGGCCUCGUCGGCGUCGCCGUGGCCUCCGUCCUCGCUUUCUAG